CUUCUUCUUUUCCUCUCUCCCUCUCUCUCUCUCCUCAGUCAUCUUGUCCAUUUCUACUGAGGCAAAGUAAGUUCAUCCUCUAUUUAUGUGACUGUCUUGUUUCGUUGCCUGUUACGAUUCUUGCCUAUCAUUCCCCGCAUACCUAAGGAGCUGCACUCUCUUCUCCAACUGUGCUACGAUCACCAGCGUAGCAAUGUACUACAUAUCAUGUCUCAGCUGGUUAUGACGAGGGGAAAAAAAAAAAAAAAAAAAACUAAUAUAUUGUUAGACAGUUGAUCAGGUUCACAUCCGCCAUGGCCGCAGAACGUUUGACCUCCAUCCUGAGCCACCUCAGGCCUUCGGGAAGCAAGGGUGUCGCUGCUAUGUGCAUAAUAUCAGACUACAAGACGCACGAGGAAGCCAGCACCCAGAAAACCCCCGAUGAUGUCGUCAUUACACUUGCUCUGCGCACACCCCUCACCAAGGCCAUGAAGGGCGGCUUCAAGGAUACGGACCUCGAUUACAUCAUCUACGCUCUGUUGAAGGAGGUUCUGGCCAAGUCGAAGCUGGAUCCUGCUCUUGUGGAAGACGUUUGCCUUGGAAAUGUCAACGACGGUAAAGCCGCCUACCUCGUCCGCGCUGCCUCUCUUGCAGCGGGAAUCCCCCACACAGCUGGCGGCUCCUCCGUGAACCGGUUCUGCUCAUCCGGUCUGAAAGCCGUCCAGGAUAUCGCGAAUCAGAUCCAGCUAGGUGCCAUCGACGUUGGUAUUGCCGUCGGCGCAGAGAUGAUGUCCGCUUCGGGGGACAGGCUCGACCGCCCCUUUAACGAGGAGGUGCUGAAGAGCCAAGAAGCUGUGGACUGCAUGCAGCCUAUGGGCCAGACAUCCGAGAAUGUCGGCGCAGACUUUAAUAUCAGUCGUGAGCAGCAAGAUAUCUAUGCGGCGGAGUCUUAUCGGCGCGCCGAGGCAGCCCAGAAAGCCGGUUGGUUUGAUGACGAGAUCGUCCCGAUUACGACGAAGGUGAAGGAUCCCAAGACCGGCGAGGUCAAGGAGGUUACUUUAACCAGGGAUGAAGGGAUCCGAUAUGGCACUACUGCAGAGGGAUUAUCGAAGAUUAGACCUGCGUUUCCGCAGUUUGGAACCCGGAGUACUGGAGGUAAUUCCAGUCAGGUUACUGAUGGAGCCGCUGCUAUCCUCCUCAUGCGCCGUUCGAAAGCCAUUGAACUGGGUCAACCCAUCCUGGCUAAAUUCUGCGGCGCCACUGUCGCCGGUGUACCUCCGCGCGUAAUGGGCAUCGGACCUACCGCAGCAAUCCCUAAGCUUCUGUCCAAGUUCAACCUCGAGAAAACCGACAUCGACAUCUACGAGAUCAACGAGGCCUUUGCCUCGAUGGCCGUGUACUGCCUUGAGAAUCUAGGACUGGAGCAUGCCAAGGUGAACCCGCGCGGCGGUGCGAUUGCGCUAGGUCAUCCGUUGGGAGCGACGGGGGCGCGCCAGAUCUGUACGAUUCUCAGUGAGGCGAGACGCACACAGAAGAAGGUUUUGGUGACGAGUAUGUGUAUUGGUACUGGGCAGGGUAUGGCGGGUUUGUUAGUUAAUGAGCAGGUGUAA